CAGUUUGUCGACCGACGGGAAAAUUCGUACUGGUACUGGUACCGUGUGUUUCAACCGAGCACGGCCGACGGAAACAUGUCCUCGUCGAAGGAGAGCGCCCGUAAACCAACAGUUUCCCGUCGAUCAGAAAUCGAAAGGCCGCGGCGCGGAGCCUCGAAGGCGCGUGGCCGAACCGUUAGCGCGAUCGCGGCGCUCCUUGCGUCUACGGCCAUCUGACGGACGGCUCGAGAAUCUCCCGAUGCAAUUGCGUUCCGCGAUCAAAUUCUUCGCUUUCUCGACUUUCCCUCUCUCUCUCUCUUUCACUUUCUCUCUCUCUCUCUCUCUCUCUCUCUCUCUCUCUCUCUCUCUGUCUCGCUCUUCUUCCGUCUCGCAGUUUUCUCCGUCAGCCAGGCGGCAGCCUGUUGCAUCUUCUCCUACCAAUCACCGGAAUUACCGUUCGUUCUAAGAAAUUUCGUGCAAACGAUAACGACAGCGACCGACUCGUUCGGCUCGUCGGUUCGCGUCGGUGUGCGCCGGUCCGCGGCUGUCCGCGCCGCGAUUAUGCAACCAACCCAUUUACGAUUGGACAAACCCGUUUUCAUAAAUACCCGGCGACCGUAGUACAAUCACGAAGCGUGUAACGGGUAAGGUCGUGUUGGUGCGUGUUUAUUCCACCAGCAUACAAAAUAUCUACCGAAAAUAUGACGCAAGGUUCGGUAAGCAAUUAUUUGUUGCCUCACGGCUGCUUACUCGCGAAAUGCAAAAAUAACAAACCGAAAACGAGAGGAACGGAACAUCGAGCAAGAAUAACUUGCUGACAAUGGGGUUUUAAUCGGCAACGAAACCAGUACAGGCGGCUCGGCGAAUUUCAAUCGACUCGGUCAGUUGGUCGAGCGACGAGACGAGAAGCGAUCCGGCGAUGAAUUUUCGAUUUCGCGUCACCUCGUGUGUCGCGAUUCUCUUGUCGGCGACGUUACUGUGCCUGCCCGGCACUCGAACGUUCGAAGACGGACGGAACCGUUUCCCUCCGGAAACGUCGGAGAAGAUGAACCAAUACUGGGACAUGUACAAGGCUCGGUACAACAAGACCUAUUCCGAGAAUAUGGAGGCUGCGAGAAGAAUCGCUUGGGAGAAAAACUUGGUAACGAUUUAUAAACACAACAUGAUGGCGGCCGCGGGUCAUCACAGCUAUACGCUACGCGACAAUCACAUCGCGGACCUCGGGACCAGGCAAUACGUUCGGAACAUGGUGAAACUGAUACCGAGUCGUAAGCGGCGCGUUUCGAACGCGCUGAUGGUCGGCGCCGUGUUGCACGACCCGCAACUCGUCCCGCCGCGACUCGAUUGGCGCGAAGCCGGUUUUCAAACUCCCCCGGAAAACCAACAGAGCUGCGGCAGCUGUUACGCCUAUUCGGUAGCCGGCAGCAUCGAGGGGCAAAUUUUCAAACGUACCGGCAUGCUGAUUCCACUCAGCGUGCAACAAUUGGUCGAUUGCAGCAUUACCACCGGCAAUUUGGGUUGUGCCGGCGGUUCCUUGAGAAACACGCUCAGGUACCUCGAGAAAGCGAGAGGGUUGAUGGAUCGAGCCGAAUAUCCCUACAAAGGAAGACAAGGACCGUGCCAUUUCCAGGAAGCUGCGAGCGUUGUAAACAUUACUUCAUGGGCAGUGCUGCCGGCACGCGACGAGCAAGCUUUGGAAGCUGCCGUGGCGACCAUAGGUCCGAUCGCGGCUUCGAUAAAUGCCAGUCCAAAAACAUUUCAGCUUUAUCAGUAGGUGGAGCAACCUUGGGUCGGUGGAGGGGGCGGAGUAUGGGAAGAGAAGGGAAGCAAGGCGAAACGAGACGAAACGAAGCGCGGCGAAGCGGAACGAGGCGACCCGACGUCGCGGCAGUAACGGCAAAUGAGGAACGGCGAACGUAGCGACGUGCGAUCCUACGAAAGCGGCAUCGGCGAGGAGGGACAUGUUCGUGGCGCGUGCUUCUUCUCGCGAUAUCAAUGCGAUUCGUCUCCGUCCAAUCCGCGGUGUCCCCCGCUCGCCGAGCAAAGUUCAGACUUUGCAGAGAAUCGAUGCGUGACUGAAGCAUCCCAUCCGAGUAUCCUCAGUCUUCGCGGAUGAGUUAAUUGGGAGGUCGGGAACGACGAAAACCGAUCGGCCGAUUCCGUACGAGCGUGUAGGCCGGAAAGGAGAGCCGUGCGAUCGAUUCAACCGAACGGGACAAGUGGCGCGAGAAGGGUGUUCAUCUUACAACUCCACCUCGUUCGGUCGAGUUCCUCUCGUUUCGAUCGAAGUUUUUCAGCGUUGACCGGGAAAUCGGGAAACGCGCCCAAAAUGCACGCCAUCGAGGCGAAAUUGAUCUUUAUCGAGCCUUGAAGCGAAUUACGGCGGAUUCCCGUCCGUAGAGGAGAGAUCGAGAGGAAGGAACGGAGAGAGAGAGAGAGAGAGGGAGAGAGAGAUUGAGUGAGAGAGAGAGAGA